AGUAUCAUAAUUCAGCUUAAAAAUCACAGUCCGAAGGUAAUUUGCUGAUGACAUUGAUGAGACUCAUGAUGCCGAGUUUGCUACUGUUCAUUGAUCCCAUAUGGUCUUCUUUUUACUUCGUCUACUUUUCUCUAAGUAGCCUCUUUACAGCAAUGCUCCCUCGUUAUAGGCACAAUGCCGAAAGUGAGUGCCCUAGCCGCCCGGAAGCAGAGCCAGACGCAAAGACAGCCAGAAAAUCAACCGUAGAAAGGAGUAACCUGCCCAGACCUUAUCCCCAGGAGAUAACCUACAUAUGUGUUUCUGGAUUGACAGAAGGAGGAGAAUUCUCGAGUCUCAGCAAGAUACCGGAAGCACGUCCAGGAGAAGUGAUAUAUGUUACCAAAGGCAAAACCUUGACUUGGGGAGGAACCGCUAUUCUUGAGCGAUUGCCUUCUGGUUCCGUUAUGAAGACACCCAUUCCCAAUCCAUACUGCCCUCCUGAAGAAGAAGACCACCGCCGCAAUAUGCGACUUGAGGCCAAUAUUUAUGUAAUGUGGUGUAAACAGGUUGCUAGAGCACUCAGUGCUCUCCAUGCUCAUCACAUCAUACACUGUGAUCUUUCGCCAAGAAAUAUCCUUCUCGACUCGGGCCUCAAUGCCAAAAUCGCUGACUUUGGUGGCGCUUCACUAUGUGGUUCAGAACCCUCAGCUACUCCGGCAACAAGAUUCCGACCUCCUGGCUAUGACUGGAAUGUCACUCCGGUUUAUGGAGACGACAGUUUCGGUCUUGGGUCUCUAAUAUACUUUAUAAUGACAGGCACUUAUCCCUACAAGGACAUACUCAGUGAUGAAUUCGAGAAGCUAUACGAAGUUCAACAAUUCCCCGAUGUUUCUAACGUCUUAUGUGGUUUUGUGAUUUCACAGUGUGUCGAUUAUCACCUCUCAUCUGACAACAUCCACUUUACAGUCGCCUAUUACUGGGAUGCGAGACACCAGAUUGGAUCAAUUCAUCUCAGCCUGCCCAAAAAGUGCGCCUUCAUCACUGCAGCAGGCAAGUGGGCUCGGGCUAUCAUUGUUAGGGGAGGUCCCCGCAGAAAUUUAAUGGGAAACCAACGGAAAUCCAACAGAAAUCUAACAGAAAUCCAACAAGACUCCAUCAAAAAUCCAUCAAAAAUCCAUUGA